AUGGCGGCGACCGCAAGCCUUUGGCUCUUAGACCUCUGCACGGAAUAUGGUGUUGCGAGCUAUCUGAAGGGGAUCUCGUCCCACCUACCGGGCCAUAAUGUACCGACUCCGAUCUGCCAUAACGACAUACCAGCGGGCUUUCAAGCUGAACUCCGCGUCGUCGCUCAGCGGAUAAUUGAAGCUACCACCCACCAAAGUACGCCGGCUCCACUGCAGUUCUACCGCUUGCUCAGGGAUACUUUUGCAUUCCCAGUCGCUCUCAAAUGGAAUGCCAGAUCACACGGUGCUUGCGUUAGCAAUAAUCAACGCGGCGACUCUCCAGAGUUCGAAGCUCGCUUGCAAGAACAAUUCCCCCCUUGCCAUGAGUUGCCCCCUAUGAACAGCCCCUUCAGCAUCGUUGAUGACGCGGAGGAGGUCGUUUUCAUUUAUCUGCCUGAUAUGCUUUUGCCGGAGCGCCAGGGAUACAACGACACCUUGUACAUAUCCCGCAACCUCGGCGCCGCCGCGGGACGAGCCGAUAAUGCUGCUCAGAUCAGUGCCCAAACCUGGCUGGCGGCUAAUAUCGAGACUGGGCUAUUGCUAUCCACCGCGCUGGCGAUCGCUCAUCCUGCACAAUAUCGGGAAACUCGUCAAGCUCUGGGAUAUCUGGCUUCUCUCCCGGAGUUCAAUCGCCACAUGCAGCAAUGGACAUUCGCAUUCAACGCCGUGACACUCAUAUGCAACAGAUUGACCCCUUUACACCGUGACCGGGCGAGCGGCGGUGCUGGAUUUUAUGACCUACUGCUUUCCAUUGGAGGAGGGCCGCGCACAAUCCUAUCUCUUCCCGGUCUGGGCAUCCGCGUUCAGUACGACUCCGGCACUGUGGCUAUGUUCUCGGGUCACCAACAUACCCAUGAGGUUUGGGGUUUCGAAGAAGAGCGCGCUUGCAUCGCUUGCUACGCCCGUCCACCGGUAAUCCGCUGGCUGGGCGGUCAAAACCCCGCGCGUCCCACCGGUCCGUCGACGUUGCCUGAAGGCUGGUGGCAGGCGUUGAUCGGGAUACCCGAAGUUCGACGGGCCGGCGUCUGA